GCCUGCAGAUUGCCCCAGCUCCUCUCUCAAAGCUGCUGCAGAGCCCAGAGCGAUCCAGGAUGAACUCCUUCUUCCUCGUCGUCACCAUCAGUCUCCUGAUUGUUAUUCAGAUACAAACAGAAAUCUUGGGAACUAAUGCUACUGUCCAGGCCAUGGCCAACGCCGCCGCCGCCACCGUCAAAGGCGGCACAGCCAAAGCCCCCACAACCAAAGCCUCCGCAACCAAAGCCCCCACAACCAAAGCCACCUCGAAACCCUCAAAGAGCGGGGCGGCAUCCAUUACCGAUGUGGGUGCCUACAAUUUCUUCUUCUUUGCCAACACCUUAAUGUGCCUCUUCUACCUCAGCUGAGGUGAAGGUGUCAGCCCUAUGCUCCUAAAACAGCUGCCACCAUCAGUAUCGAGAGACAUCCCAACCCAGUCCUCGGGAAGACCCAGAGAAUCUUGAGAAGUUAAAAGUUCACAGCCAAUGGCCAAACUUGGGAGGUACUGAUGGACGGUGCACCCAGCUGGGGCUCAAUAAAG